AAAAUGGCGUCGAAAACAAAUCUUCUGUUAUAAACAAAACGGCUAUAAAACCCUACUAUUAUGAGCGUUCAGGACUCAGAGACUCUCAGACAGCAAUUCAAGCUGAUACAAGAACAACAGCAGAAAAAACUUCUCGCUAGAAAGCAAAAAAAGCUGAAGAAUUCGACCAAAGAGUCGGAUGAAACGCCAGUGGUAUCCAAGAACAACUGGGAACCUGAAGACGAUUUGGAUUUGAGGCUUGACACAGUUAUUACAAAUGGAGAAGAACUAAAUGUUCACAGUCAACUACAAGAAUUACAGCAAUCUCUCAGAAUCCUAAAGGAUGAAAAUGGAAGAUUGUACAAGCUUCUUGGUGAAAGAGAUGAAGAAAUGCGUAUUAUCAGGAAGCAGAGGGAUAACGAAAGAAAGGCUUUAGCAGGAACAGGAGUUGCUGCAGAUACUGCAGCAGGUAAGAUAGUUGAGUUAUCCAAAAAGAACCGUGAGCUGUCUGCAGAUCUUCAGAGUGAGAAAAACAAGGUCAGGCAAUUAACAAGAAAGGUUCAGGACCUUGAAUCUCAAGUAAAAUUAUUUGAAGCAAGCAAUGUGCCACAGACACCUAAGGAUGAUGGAAAUGGUCUUUCUUCUGAGGAAGCAAAAGCCCUUCAAGAAAAACUCAAAAGUACAACUUCUAAAAUGUCAGAAUAUAGAAAUCAGUGUGAGGGGCUGAAGAAAGAACUGAAGGUCACUCAUAAGGUACUCAGUAAAGAAUUAGGAGAACAUGUCAAUGUAGCCUCACUGCUGAAUGAUACAAGUGGAUGGAGAGGAAGGCAACAACAGAUAAACUCUUUGCAAAAUAAGGUUGCAGAGCUAAAAGGCCAGCUCCAAGAGGUAGCACGCAGUGGAUCGACAUUAUCCAGUAGUUAUCUCCUUCGAUCUUCCAUGGCCACACCCUCCUACUCAUCAUCACAGUACGAUGACAAACACAAAUCUGUGCUUAGAAAAAUCGAGAAGGAGAAGAAAGAUUCUUUAGAAAAAACAAAAGAGGAAUUUGACAAACUGAGUGAAGAACACAGCCACGUAAAACAAAAACUGGAGGCAUCAAAAGCGAGAAAUAAAGUACUGGCGAACGAUCUGAAAAUGAUCAAGUCACAAAACAAGACGCUGUUGGAGAAAGGCGCUCACGACGAUGAGCUGGUUGCAGCGCUUAUGAGAGAGCAACAGCAACUCAAAGAAGCCUAUAAAAAACCGUCAUCUUCCCCACCCCCCCAACCCCAAGUCAUUGUCACCCAAGACAACACGAUGAUCAAUCAUUUGAGACAAAUAUGUCAACAACGAGACGAACGCAUAAAACAACUGGAACAAGAACUUGAAGACCUCAAACAAACGUUACAAAAUGAAAUCAUGGAGAGAGAGAAUCAAGAUCACAAGCCCCGUCCACAGACCGUGUCUGUUGGCUGUUGUACCGAAAAUCAGCCCACCCUCCCCUCCCAUUCAUCCAGCGAUACGAGCAUCAACCGCUUGGUAUUGGAGGAGAAAGAAAUGCAAAGUUUUAGUAAUAAUGAUGCAGCGCCUGGAACGCCAAACCGAAGAAACGUUCCUCUAAGGAAUGGAUUAAACAGUCCAUCAUCUCGGAACGGUAAAUCAAGGUAUUCGAUUCCUCCGACACCUCCGAGUGCGGGUCGACUGAGCAGCGGACGACGGAAUAGUGCUAGUAACAGUGAGGAGGUUCAUGGUUUGAGAUGUCAGGUUCAAGAGUUCAAGUCCUUACAUCAGGCUGCUGAAGUUGAACGAGAUAGACUACUAGAACUUGUAUCGCUAUUACAAAAACGGAUUAACGAGGAAAGUUCAAAAUGCUUAGACGUGACAACAAAGUUUCAAGAACAACGAAGAAUGAAUGCUCAUAUGGAGAAACAAUUAGGGAGAGUACAGUCUACCACAAAGAUACAAAAUACGGCUAAGAACAAAGUUAGGGGUUCGUCAUCGCAGAAAUUUACUGAUGAUUCCGAAGAAUUAGAAGAAACAAAAACUUGGCUUGAGAUUCAAAAGGACGAAAACGAUGAUCUCAAAGAAGCUUUAAAUUCCACUCUGAAAGCAAAAGAAGAAGAUCUCAAAUACUACCAAGACAUGAUGGAACAAACCAAGAAAAUAUUCCUCCAGGGUCUGCGUCAGUUUAGACAAGGCUCAGCCCCCAGCUGACAUCCACCGCGGCUAAUUACAGCGAUAAACUACAAAUCUUAAGUAAUCCCUAAUAGUUAAUUACCCUGAAAGUGGGUUUUUUGAUAUUUAUUGGUCUGCUCAAGGAUUUGGGGCGCCAUGUAUGUGGGGUUAUCUCAUAAGCUUUCUUAAUUGACGAGACGGCGUCCACUUAUAAAGUCGUUGAGGUAAUUUCUGCGGAGUAAACUUGUAAAAUAAUAAUGUCAUAUAGAAGUGUCGUCUGUUUCGUGGGCUUAUUUUGUACAAUUUUAAAAAUGUUUUCACGAUCAGUUUCUAUGCACAGAAGACUUGGUAUAGAUGCUAUGAUUUAGAGUGUAUGCAAUAAAGUGGUUUUCCCUACGGUAUGUUACCGUAUCUCUAA